AUCUUUCCUUUCCCCCUUUUUCGCUUCAAAAUAAAUUCCAUUUUCCCCUUUCUUUGUCACUUUGAACUCUUCUGGACUCUACAACCCAUUUCUCCAUUCCCAACUACACCCAUUCUUCUAUUCUUCUUCUUUCAUUUCUUCAAUCUCAAUUAAUUCAAUCCAAAGUAACAACCAAGGUCUCUUUUUCUCUAUCUUUGGAUUCAUUUUCAAGCCAUAUCCACUUCUUUGUUUGCUUUUACUACUGCUGUCGGAGAGGCUGUUCUCGAGUGAAAUUAGAGGAGCUUGGUGUGUAGUAUGUGCCAUUGUUGUGGUGCUGCGAUAACAGAUUCAAAUGGAAAAAAUUUGGAGAAUGGUACUUCUCAUCAAUUAGAUGAUGCAGGCACCGUGUGUUUGUGUAGAGUUUGCAAAGAGAAUCAAGAGCAAGAAAUGAUGAAGUCAGACAAUAGAAGUUCGAGUGAAGCACCGACGUUAAGUCCAAUGCCUUCGCUGUCAAGCUGCAAUAGUGAUUGUUCAACUGUGGCAAAUUUAGAUGUCAGGGAUGGUCAAGAAAGUGCAACAGGAAGUAGCCAAGAAGAUAUCGAUUGUAGGCAAGAAAGGAUGUCACGUAACUCGAGUGAAGUAGCUCAUAGCAAUGAUCAACUCAGUGGUAGAGAUGAUGGAAGUGUCAUGUCAAAUAGUCAAGAAACAACACAGAACGCCUCUGGUGUUCCUGUCAAUGCAGAUCUUGAGCAAUCUAAUUCUAAUUGGAUGGAUCCUGAUCUGUGGGAUCCUCCAGAGCCAGAGGACCCAGAGGAUCACAUGGAGGGUGGGAUGGGUUACAACGAUGAUGAUGAUGAAGAAUUUGGUGAUAACUCAGAAUGGAGCACGGCAAGUUCCUUUAGUCGCUCUGUGGAUGAAACCAGUGUUAGCUAUAGGUUUAAAGAGGAAAAACAAAGGGCAUUGCAACAGGUUAUGAAUGGGAAGCACAAGGCUUUCAUACGCGAUCUUCUUAAAUUAGGGGAGGAUAGUGAAAAUUGGGUGGAUAUAGUUUCUUCUUUGUCUUGGGAAGCUGCCACAUUUUUGAAGCCUGUAGUAAAUGGUAAAGCGAUGGAUCCAGACGCUAAUGUAAAAGUGAAGUGCAUUGCAACAGGUACUCGCAACCAAAGUCAAUUUGUCAAGGGCAUGGUAUUCAAGAAGCAUGCAGCUCACAAACACAUGCCGACACAUUGUAAGAACCCAAAGUUAAUACUGAUUCAAGGCAUGCUUGGUGAGGCUCCAAUAAGUAGACUGUCUUCAUUUAAUUCAAUGGAUCAGGAAAAUGAUUUUACGAAUCAUGUUAUAGAGAUGAUUGAAGGUUGCACUGCGAAUGUGAUUUUAGUUGAAAAAACUGCAGCGCGAGUUAUCCAAGAAGCAAUUCUCAAGAAAGGCAUGACAUUAGUGCUUGAUAUGAAGCUCCACCGUCUGCAGAGAAUAGCUCUUUGUACUGGUUCACCAAUUUUAACAUCUGAAACUUUAAUGAGCCAAAAGACAAGACAGUGUGAUGCUGUUUAUUUUCAAAAGAUUGUAGAAGAACAUGCUGGUGUUUUGGAGGGAGGAAAGAUGCCAACUAAAACUUUAAUGUUCAUUGAGGGCUGUCCAACACGUUUGGGUUGUACGAUUUUGCUGAAAGGAGCUCACAGUGAUGAACUGAAGAGGGUUAAGAUUGUUGUGCAGUGUGCCGUUGUUAUGGCAUUUCACUUAAUAUUAGAGACUUCUUUCAUUGUUGACCAGCGUGCUAUGUUUGCAACUAUUCCAUUUGGUGGAGUACCAGCUACUGCUUCAUCUGAUCGCCAAUCACCUUUAGAGCCUCGUAGCCCAAACGUGGGUAAAGCCGAGAGUGCAAGUGAUAAAAGUGAACAACCAACAAAUAUUUGUAUUUCACGUGGAUCCCAUGAGGAGACAUCCACUGGAUCAAACAUGGAGUUGGCGGAAAAGCUAAUAAUGUCCUCUGAACCAGAACCAUAUAAUCCGGCCAUAUUUUCUGGAUUCUCAUCCAUUUCUGAUUCCUUAAAGAGAGUUAUGGGGGAAAGUUUCCUUUCAUCCUCUCCCUAUCAGUCAUUGUCUUCUUAUUUUGGACAUGGGAGUGACCUGAGUGGCUUGGUUGCAAAGUCUGGCUCAAUUCCAUCUACUCCACAGGCAGUCUAUCAGUUUGAUGUGGAAGUUAAGGGUAGUUCUGAUGAAGAGAAUUCAGUUCAUGAAUCGUCUGUGUCACAUCAAUCAACCUUGGAAGGCCUUGGAUUCCAUGAAACUGCUCUUAACUAUUCUGUAGACACAAUGCAGAAGAAAAUGUCAUUGGAUUCUCAGAGUAUUUUGGUUUUGAUGUCGAGCCGAAAUGCAUUGAAGGGAGCCAUUUGUGAGCAGAGCCAUUUUUCACAUAUUGUGUUCUACAAGCAUUUUGAUGUUCCUCUUGGGAAAUUUUUACAAGAAAAUUUACUAAAUCAGAAUAAUCUCUGCACUGUCUGUGGCGAACUGCCGGAAGCUCACAUUUACUUUUUUGCACACUAUCGAAAGCAGCUUUCCAUUCAAGUCAAACAGCUUCCAGGAGAUAAAGUUUUGCCAGGUGAAACAGAAGGAAAACUUUGGAUGUGGAGUCGUUGCAGUAAGUGUAAAUCUACAGGAGGACCUUCAAAGUCCACAAAAAGGGUGCCGAUCUCUACAGCCGCACGUGGCUUAUCAUUUGGGAAGUUUUUGGAGCUUUGUUUCUCUGAUGACACUCUACUUAGUAAAUCACCAGUCUGUGGUCAUUCAUUGUUUGGGGACUUCCUCUACUUCUUCGGACUGGGCAACAUGGUUGCUAUGUCCAGAUAUUCUGAGGUAGCAAUCUAUACGGUCUCUAUGCCUCCUCAGAAAUUGGAGUUCAACAGUUCAAUGAGACAAGGUCAUUUCAUCAGAGAAACUGAAAAUGUUUACACGAAAGGGGUGUUACUUUUCACUGAGAUUGCACACUCUCUGAAGAAGAUCAUAUCUGAACGUAAAAGUUCAAAUGUAAACCACCCUCAAGGCUUUCCCAAUGACUUUUCUUUUGUUGAAGAAAUGUUAAACGAAGAACGAUCAGAAUUUGAGAUAAAUAUUCAAAAUUCUCUUACAAAGAAAGGAAACCCGGACUUUCUCAAUUUGAAUCGAUUGCUCUGGGACCUGUUGCUAGAAUCAUGUAUUUGGGAUAGACGCCUGCAAUCAUUAGCAUCAUUGGGUGUUACAACAAACUCUGGCAGCUCUGAAAUUGUUGAGCCAGAACCACUUCUGUUGAAGAUGAAUAGCAACAUCGAUGUUGGACCUGAGGAAUUAGAAUCAAUUGCAGAAAAUGAUGAAACAAAAGUUCAGCAAGAUAUAUCCUUGGAUGAAAAUGUAUUGCCUCUGAAAGAAAUUACAGUUGAAGGUUCGGAUGGAGAGUCGGGUGGUGAUGAACUUAAUUUACCUUCAGCGAUUGAAGUCACGGAGAUACCGAUUAUAGAUGAUCCGAGCCCCAAAAAACUUUCUCGCCAAGGGACUUUGUCAAAUGGCUUUGACUAUCAUCAUUCGGAUUACGAAGAUUCUCAAGUAGGAAGAGUUCUGUCAUCUGGUGAUUUGCAUAUAGAUAGGACAAUUCCAAUUUCAAUAGGUGAUUCGACCCUCAGCAAAUUGUUUUGCACACCAUUUUCAGAGAUCCGGCAGAUGCACUUGAGGGACAUCCAGAGAAGCUACUUUCCCGAACUCAAAUCCAUCAGUAGCUAUACUCCAAAACUCUUACCCGCAGCCUCUGACUUCAUCCAUGAAGAAGGACAGAAGCUGCACAUUCAUCUUGCUAAUGAUAAUUUUGUUGUUUCAGACUAUGAGGGUGAACUCUCGAGCAUAGUUGCUUGUGUACUUGCUUUGUUGAAAGAUCAACCCUUUCAAACAGAUUCUCAUAAUGAGGAUAGCAAGGGAGAGGGAGGAGGCGCUUUACAACCAGCUUUGAGUUCACGAAGCCUCAAUAAAGUUCCCUCAAACGGAUCCUCAGAUUCAGACUCGAGCAUCUCUUCAGAAGAAUAUCGGUUCUCAAGUUUUGACAGGUUAAAUUUGUUAGAUUCUCUUGUUUCAGAAACUUUCAAGCGAUCAGAUUAUGAAGGGGUCAUAAAGUCACUAGCAAAGGGAAAAUAUCUUGUGAAUUGCCCAUAUAUCAAUCAGUUUCGUGAUCUUCGGAGUCGAUGCUGCCCGUCUGAGCUCCAUUUCAUAGCUUCCUUGAGUCGUUGUAUAAACUGGAAUGCAAAAGGUGGGAAGAGCAAAUCUUUUUUUGCCAAGACACUUGAUGACAGGUUCAUUAUCAAAGAAAUUAAAAGGACUGAGUAUGAUUCAUUUAUGAAGUUUGCUCCAGAGUAUUUCAAGUACAUUAAUGAAUCAUUUGACAUGGGGAACCAGACAUGCCUUGCUAAAGUAGUUGGAAUCUAUCAGGUAACGGUGAGAGAGCCGAAGAGUGGGAAAGAGAUGAGACAUGAUUUGAUGGUUAUGGAGAACCUCAGUUUCGGUCGCAACAUAAUUCGCCAAUAUGAUCUUAAAGGAGCUCUACAUGCUCGAUUUAAUCCAGCUACCAACAAUUUUGGUGAAGUCCUCUUAGAUCAGAACUUUGUGAAUGACAUGAACUCAUCUCCCCUCUAUGUGAGUAAUCGAGCAAUGCGUCGGCUGCAACGGGCGAUUUGGAAUGAUACCGCUUUUCUCAAUUCGAUAAAUGUUAUGGAUUAUUCUCUGCUCGUUGGGGUUGAUGCCGAAAAGAAGGAACUUGUAUGUGGGAUAAUCGAUUACCUUAGACAAUACACCUGGGACAAGCAACUAGAGACAUGGGUGAAAUCAUCCCUCAUACCGAAAAAUGUACUUCCCACCGUCAUUUCUCCGAAAGAGUACAAGAGGAGAUUUAGAAAGUUCAUGUCAGCACAUUUCUUGAGUGUCCCAGAUCAUUGGUGCAUGCAGCAGAAUCUCCCUGGGCCUUGGGACCUUUUUGACACUGCAGAUCCUGCUUCUUCUCAUAGGACGAACGCGGAUGAAAAUGAUGCGUCUUCGUAAAGUACAAAGGAGCUCGGUUUUUCGUAAAUGUGGAUUGAUGAAGGGAAGGUGUUCUCUCCUCAUGACCUGUUUUGACUAAAGUUCAGCUGCUUCAUUCUGCUUGCAAGUUCAUUCUAUAUUGUAAAUAGAUGGCUGACAUGCCAUUCAGUUUUAUCAUGAGUUUGCCCUGAUAUUCUGCAAAUUUUUUGUUAGCAAAAGUCUAGGGUGGUGAAAUUACUGGUAGGUUGCCUAGUUGAGGGGCAAAAAGGUAAUUGUGUAGUUAAAGUGUAUAGGUUAUAUAGUAGCUGAAGAUUUCUUAAUUCUUGUGAAAAGAUAUAAAUCUUCAUCUAUCUGAGAUGUAUUAAUUGAUGAUCUUCAUUCAUUUUCACAAAGUAAAUCAAAAAUAUAUAAAUCUUUUUCUUCUACUUC